UUACGUGGCCAGCGCCAUUCUCUACAUGAGACAGAUCACGAUUCCAUGCUGAUGAAGCACAAGAACCCUUCGAUACUAGGGGAACGCGAUCCCGGCGAAGUAUUGCCAUCAUGGGCAUGAGGCACGGCGCCAUCGUGUGAUAGGUCAAGAAAAGCAAUCUUCCUCGCAUCACCUUCGUUUUAGAAUCUCACCGUCCGUGCACUCAACCUCCGAUGAUCCCCUAUUUCGGCUCUUUCGGCGGGCGCAGCUCAAACAUAAAAGAUGAACACCGCCCCAAGUGUGGGGACGCGUUUGCGAAAUCUGUCCCUCCUGUCCUACACAGGCAACGGCAGGAAUCGACGAUGCGCUGGCGAUACCAACGGCUCUACGACCGAUAGACUAUGCUCCCGCGCAUCGGUAGCCACCGAUGGCGCUCUACCAAGUACCAAAUUCUAGGGGUAAUCCUCCUCGGCCUUCUUCUUGAAGUGCUUCUCCACCAGUAUCACUACCAUGUCCCGCGGCCGUCGGAGGACCUGGAUGCAGUCUUCCAAGUAGGGUGCGCAGAGCCCGACACCCGAGCCCCGCGCGAGAACGCUGCGAUCAUCAUGCUGGCUCGCAAUGAAGAUAUCGAAAGCGCCCUCACAUCCCUGCAGUCGCUCGAGGACCACUUCAACCGCUGGUUCCACUACCCCGUGGUCUUCAUGAACAACGAGCCCUUCAGCGCCGACUUCAAGAACCGCGUCAGCGACGUCGUGAGCGGCGAGACGGUCUUCGAGCUGCUAUCCAGCGACUUCUUCGGCUUCCCCUCCUGGAUGGACAAUGCGCAGGGCAGCGAGCUCGUCCGCGCGAACGGCGCGCUGGGCGUGCACAAGGGCGACAUGGAGUCCUACCACCACAUGUGCCGCUUCUACUCGGGGAAAUUUUACGACGUCCCCGCGCUCAAGCAGUACAAGUGGUACUGGCGCGUCGAGCCGCACGUGCAGUUCUCCUGCGCCAUCACGUACGAUCCGUUCCGCCUGAUGCGCGAGCGUGGCAAGAAGUACGGGUACACGAUUGCGCUGUGGGAGCUCGACAACACGGUCCCCGAGCUAUUCCGCGCGGUCAGCGAGUUCAAAGCGAUGAAGCGCAUCGCGACGAGCAAUCUCUGGAAAGGUUUCAUCCGCCCGACGUGGAUGCCGUGGGGCCUGCGCUGGAUGAAGGCCGCGCAGCCGCUGCACGACGCCUCGGGCGAUUCGUGGAACUUGUGCCACUUCUGGAGUAACUUUGAAAUUGGCGAUCUCGAUUUUUUUCGCAGCGAGGCGCACCGCGAGUUCUUCGAAUUCUUGGAUAAGAAGGGAGGGUUUUACACUGAGCGCUGGGGCGACGCGUCGGUCCACGCGCUCGCGGCCGCGUUGCUCCUGAAGCCAGAGGAACUCCACCAUUUCGAAGAUUUUGGGUACUUUCAUGAUCCGUGGGUUGUCGCACCCGCGAACGCGCUGGGGAAGCAAUUGCCUGAGAGCGAGGUGCUAGGGCCGGUUGGGGAGAGUGUGGUAGAGGCCGAAGAGGGUGGGACGGGUUGUAGGUGCGAGAGGAAGCAGAUUCGAAAUUUCCAGAACUGGUGUAUGAAUCGGGUGCAGAGGCCGGUGAAGCCGGAGGCGUGGCCGAACAGAAUGUGGGGAGAUUGGAAGGGGUGAUAGAGAACGGUAGCUAAGCAGUACCACGUCCUAUUUAAAACAUCGUUAAUUCGCGAACUGUUCGAGCUAUCAGAAUCGGUGCCCGGCGAAGCAUACGGGAUCUAUGAGCCAAAGUGCUUGCCAGACAACCUGAAGACAAGUGAUGAGCAAGGUGAUUA